AUGUACCACUAUGGCGGUGAUUGCGGUGCGGCGCAUGGUGUGCUCCUAGACGGAAUACUUGCCGGUACCCCGCGGCGACAUCUUCUCCACCUACCUUCACAGCCCCGCGCCGCAUCUGCCGCAAGAGCUCUUCCAUUCUCUCCGCUGCCUUGGUACCUGCAAGUAAUGGUACUUGCUGUACUUGGCAGCGCUCGCAAGGCACCAAACGCCGCGUCCAGUGCAUGCUCGCCUCCGUCGAGCCGUCGGCCUGCCCGCGUCGUCCAUGAGUCGCACGACGACGACGACGACGACGACGACGACGGAUACCCCUCGCAGUUCCCGUCCCCGCCCCUACCCGGACUCGCGGCCUUGCCCCCCUCGCCGGUGAUCCCGCUCGCCAUGGUGGACAGGGACGGCGAGGAAGGCAGGCAGAGUCGAACGGCCUGCACCGAGUGUCAGCGCCGCAAGCAAAAGUGCAACCGCGAAUGGCCUUGCGACCACUGCCGGAAGCGCAAGGUCGCCGACAAGUGUCGCUUUCCCCAGAGCAAGGCCGCCGCCGACAAGGCCGCCGUCGACGUCGUCGGCCGGAAGCGACACCACCGUCACCAUGACCCCCUCGCCGCUUCUCGCGACACCAACCCCUGGGACGACGACGACGGCCGCUUCGAAGCCCUCGGCUACUCGCCCUCUCACCUGUUCUCCGGCCUCAACGCCGCCGAGCGAAGGGCCCGGCCGACGGUGAAGCUCCAGAAGGAGUGCCUCAUGGGUGCGAGGUCGUGUCCCCAGCUCGAGCGCGCCCUCAAGGUGCUGCCCCCACGACCCUACACCGACAUGCUCGUGCAAAACUUUGUCAACAAGGUCAACUACCACUACUACAUGGUCUACCCGCCGUCCUUCCUCGACGACUACCGCGCCUGGUGGGCUGAGAGAUGCGGCGACCGGCCCAUGAGCCUUCAGUGGACCUGUCUCCUGCUCACCAUCUGUGCCUGCUCCGCCCAGCACGCCGACCCGGAGCUGCAGCACAAGCUGGAAUCGGACCUUGGCGAGGGGUCGAUCCGGAAGCUCGCCGAGCGCUACCACGGCGCCGCUCGCGAGCUGCACAGCGUCAUCCCCGUCGGCAACAACCACCUGCUCAACGUCCAAUCCCUGCUCCAUUCCUGCUAUUGGUAUCAGUCCGAGGCGAGCUUUGUCGAAUCCUGGCACGUGCUCAGCGCUGCCAUCAGGGAGGCUCAAGGCCUGGGCUUCCACCAAGAGUCCGUCGCCGGCGACGUGCCGGAGUUCGAUUGCGAAAUUCGCCGACGACUUUGGUGCAUCCUGGACACGUGGGAUUGGCAUCUAUCCGCCCUGCUGUCGCGACCCAUGAUCAUCGACCGCACCGAAUGCGACGUCGGAUUUCCGACGCUCAAGCUCGAGGGCUACUCGCCGUCGCCGCUGCUUCACAUGAAGCUGCAGUCGCAGCUCAUCACCCGCAUCGCCCGUCGCUUCGGCCUGCCCAAGGACGUCGUCACCCCCGCCGACGUGCGCGAGUACCAAGCCAUGGUCGAAGGCUGGAUGAGGACGUUCCCGCCGACCUACGACCUGCGGCGCGCCGACGAGAGCGCCGACGCGCAGCGGCCGUGGAUCGUGCCGCACCGGCACCACCUGCGUAGCAUGGCCUACUUGAUCGUCCUGGACCCCCUCCGACCCUAUCUCGCGAGGCAUCUGUCGGCUCGCUCGCCGCCCGAGGAGCUCGAGAUUCGUCGCGACGGCGUCGAUUACUCCCUCCAUCUCAUGAGCGCCCUUCAUCGCUUCUUCGACCACGUCUACCCGAGGGACGCCAAGUUCCACGCGGUCCUGUUCUACCUGUUCGACACCGCCGCCGUGCUCUGCUCCGCCCUCCUGCACGACGACGACGCGAGCAUACCGAGGCGGAGGGACAUUCUUGCCGCCAUCGACAAGGCGGUUGCCGCCCUCGAGCGUCUCAGGCACGUGACGGAGACGGCCAAGACGUCGUACGAGGUCAUCCUCCGCGUCUCGCGGCGAGCGACGGGAAAGUACCAGUCCGAAGCGCACGACGACGGCCGAGCGAGGAUCGGCUGCGACGAAGACGCCGUGGCGACGCCCAACAUGUCGCACGGCGGAACGUCGACGGACAGCGAUCCCGGAACGGUCGGGUCUUGCGCAUCGUACUCGUCGCUGCCGCCGUCGUUUGGUCCCGUCACCGGUGCCGUCGCGUCACACGCAACGACGGCUACCGACACCUCGAUUUCCUCCGAGGGCUUAUUCCUGUACCCGCCGACCUCGAACGCCGAGCCGAGCGUCUGCCGGGACGGACUGACGACGGCAUCAGCUCCGGAUCCGCUGGCCUUGGCGAGCUUUGCCUGGCACGAACCGCAGGCUCACAGCGCGUCGUCGGCCGAUGACGUCUUCUACGCCCAGGAGCACCAACCGUUCGGCUUUGGGGACAUCAGCCAGGUGCAGCUUGGAAACCUGGCGAGCCUAUGGAACUACGCGAGCCUGAAUCUGGACUUUCUCAACCCGCCCGACAACGGGUGA